UCUCUCCUCAGGUUAGUUCAGGAUGGCAGACCAGAGGCAACGCUCGCUCUCCACCUCCGGAGAAUCCUUAUACCAUGUGUUAGGGCUGGACAAGAACGCCACUUCGGAUGACAUCAAAAAGUCAUACAGGAAACUUGCAUUGAAAUAUCAUCCUGAUAAAAACCCUGAUAAUCCAGAGGCAGCAGAAAAAUUUAAAGAGAUCAAUAACGCACACGCAAUACUGACCGAUGCCACAAAGCGAAACAUCUACGAUAAGUAUGGUUCUCUGGGUCUGUAUGUAGCAGAGCAGUUUGGUGAAGAAAAUGUGAACACAUACUUCGUGCUGUCCAGCUGGUGGGCAAAGGCCUUGUUUGUGUUCUGUGGGCUCAUCACGGGCUGCUAUUGCUGUUGCUGUCUGUGCUGCUGCUGUAAUUGUUGCUGUGGGAAGUGUAAACCUAAACCUCCUGAAGGUGAAGAACAGGAAUACUACGUCUCUCCAGAGGACUUGGAGGCACAGUUGCAGUCAGAUGAAAGGGAGGCCUCAGACGCACCUAUUGUGAUACAGCCAGCAUCAGCCACAGAGACAACCCAGCUCACAGCUGACUCUCACCCCAGCUACCACACUGAUGGAUUUAACUAAGUUAAGGAAACACUGUAUUUAGAAUGGAUAAAAAAACAAACAAACAAAAAAAAUCCAUGGCCAACUCAACACUAGAAUCAUGAACAUUAGAAGUAGAGAAUGGGGAGGGGGAAUAAUUCUGCCACAGUAAGGAGGCAGCUUUCCAACCUGCCGAAAAUAUUUUGUAAUCCCUUCAGCCUUUUGUCACCUUUCAGUGUCGUAUCUUGACGAUACGUGAAGUGCUGUAGCAUGCAGUAUUUAAAGCAGUUUAGCUACGGUCUUAUUUGUUUCCUUUCUUUCUUUUUUUUUCCCUUUUUUCUUUUUUUUUCUUUUUUUUUUUAAUAGCAUGUAUGGAGUUACGGUAAAUGUCUGUGCUGUAAUGUAUUGAGUUGUCACAAUGUAAGUGUGAUGGAGACAUUCUGCAUUUUAAGCAGUUGGUACUGACCUAAAAAUGAGAUUUGAAAAGUUUCACAGAAGCCACCAUUCUUCCAUACAGCUGAGCUGUCAAAGACCUUCAAAAGUUCAUGGUUUUCAUUUGAGUGCUACAAACCAAUUCUUUCAUUCCUCCUCUUCCUGCGUUGUUAUCCAAGCAAGUUUACAAAGCCAAGAACCAAAAAAAUGCCAGUCCUGCAGAGCUGGACUUCUCUUUAAUGCUGGUUUUCAGCUUAAAUAAAUCUACCUUG